AUGUCUCCAAACCUCUUUCUCUGUCUUCGAACCGUCCUCUGCCCCGUCUAUUGGUUCCAGCGCGGCGAGCGCAUCAACGGUUCCAUCCAUCGCGAGGAGCACUGGGAGUCUCCAGUACCUGGUAUUUACAAUUACGUCCCCGGCCGCGGCUGGCAUCUCAUCUACCGCGACGGAAACAAGUACGACGAAAAAGUGCCCGUACCACUGAUCUACUGCCGCAUCCUGCACCGCUACAUCUUCGAAGAUGAGAUGGAAGAGCGCUGUCGCUGGUACUAUGUCUCUCUUGAAGAGGGCGCUACGCCGGUCAGGCGUCUGUUCUUCCGUCUCGAUGACGGAUACACUUGGGUCGCUGGAUGGGAUGCCAAGGGGCGUUUUCUGCCUGGACCGUACGUGAAAUGGUCCCUUGAUACUGAAGCCAAUACCAUGCGUCGUAUUUACGAGCCAGAGAGCUCGAAUGUUUCGCGGUGCAGCAGCAUCGUGCCGUCAAAAUUGAAUUGA